AUGCCUCACUCUCAAAAUGUGUUGCACGCAGAGGACAUGAGUUCACCACUGCCGAAUGCAGUAAAAGGGUUCUUUGCUGGCCCGCCGUUCUCUCCGUUGGACUAUCUCACUUCGCUGCACACUGUUCCCUUCACUGCGUCCGUGGUUGCGGGAAUAGCACUGCGCUGCCACGGGGUUUCGCCUGUGUGGUCUGCGUUGGCCUUCACCACCGGCUUAUUUAUGAGUGUGACCCUGUUUGUGCUGCUGCCGCUGCCGAUCCUAGUGCCUCUCGGAGGCCGCUAUCACGUCGGAAUGGUUCAUGUGGACGGGCGCCGUGCACAGUCGCUGCCACCGCUGGCUGUCUUCUACCCAACCGAUGUACCACCGCCGAAAAAGGGCGUGCCAUACGUCCCUUUCAAUGAUAAUCGGUUUAUUCGCGGGAUUGCAUCGUAUGCAGGCAUACCCUUUUAUGUGCUUAGGGAUACACUCUUUGUGCGUCUGCGAGUUUCCCCCAACGCCACACCUGUUCCCAUGUUUAACAGCAUGGGUCAGCAGCUGCCAAUUAUUGUGUUCAGUCACGGUCUCAGCGCCUAUCAUCGGCUGUACAGUUGUCUGCUUCUGGAUAUUGCUGCUCGAGGAGCAAUCGUGGUGGCCGUCGGGCAUGGCGAUGGUAGUGCAUCGUUCAUGCGGGACAGCGGGAGUGAGAGGAAUGAGGUGGAGUUCAAGCACCUCAACUGGGAACCGGCGGUGCGCGAGGUUCAGCUCGUCCAGAGAGUGAAGGAAAUCCGAGGAACACUGAACCACCUCACGGAGGGGUUCUGGCGAACACUUGGGUACGCGGAAUCUGACAUUAAGAGACACCUCAGCCAGCCGCUGCGGGUGCAUCUGUCAGGGCACUCUUUUGGCGGUGCGACGAUGCUUGCCACGGCUCUGCAGGAAGAACACGUGUCAAAGGAGGGCCCUGUUCAAAGUGUCUUUGUGUUUGAUCCAUGGCAUGUGCCGCUUCAGAACGAGUGCUUCUAUAAGCCUAUUGCUGAUGGCAGGAUGAAGUUCACGACCCCAACACACAUGAUACAUUCGGAGCAGUGGGUAAAGGACAAGUCCAGUUGGGACUUUUUUCAGCAAGUGACAGACGCCGUCCGGGCGCAGACUUCAUUCGCGUCUCUUAGCGUAACAGAGAAAAGCACUCGGUUUGUUGCAGAGAGAAGCGGUGAUGCAAAUCACAUGACUGCUUCAGAUAUAAGUGUGCUAAGCCCCGUUCUUCAUGGCAACACUCAGGCAGUUGUGCCUCCUCGAGUGCAAAUUAUGGAGUGGUCCAACGCGCUGCUUCGUUUCGCGAGACAGCACACACCUGAGCGCGGUGUUACGCCAAAGUAG